AUGUUCCUUAAACAACUUGGUUAUAUAUUGCAUUUAACACACCUCGAGGAACGCGAAGCGGCGGAACAGCGGAGUGAACACGCCCACAAGAGGCUGGUGGAACUGAUUCGGGUCGUGACCUCUUCUCUCAGCCUGGGUGACCUCGAUCCAAAAGACGCUCAGGAGAAGUUAUCGUCCAGAUUGGCUGAACUCGUGCAGGAAUGCGCGAGGCUACGAAGUCAGACGCUUCAGCUGGACGAAUCUCUUCAGUUGGCCGAGGGGGAAGCGGGCUCGGCGAGACAGACCGUUUCGCGUCUCGUUAACGAACUGGACGACGAGAAACGGACGGUCGAGGAACAGAAACUAGGUCUGACUGAAUUCAGGAAGGAAAACGACGACCUUAGGACAAGACUGCGAGCCCUGGAGGAGGAAGUGAAGAGCGUGAGGGAGAGAUUGCACAACACCAACAAAUCCUACAAUGCAACUCUGGAGGAAUUGCACGCGGCGGAGAAACAGUUGCAACAGGCCAAAGACGAAUCCGUGGUGUCCGAUCACCGCCGUCAGCAGAGCGAAGUCGAGAGCCGUGGGUUCCUGACGACGGUGGCCGCCCUACUGUCGAGUCCCGAGCAGCGCGUGGCUCCCGACGUCCAGGCCAUUAAUGACAAGAUUCAGGCGCUCGUGGCAGCCAAUAGGGAGGCGGCGGAGCACAUCGAACGCCUCACCUCGCAAGUGACGAGUCUGGGCGAGCAGUCGAGACGCCAAUCCGAACUCUACGAAACGGCAGUGAAGCGAGGGCGGCAGUGCGAGGCGGAGGUGCACGCGCUCACCACCCGAGGGAGGCAGCUGGAGGCCGACGCGCAGACGGCGGAGGCGGCGAGGGAGCAUGUGGUUAUUGAGAAGGAAAAGACCGAGCGCAUCUUGAACCGCGUCGUCGAGGCUCUGGGACUGACGGAGAUGGGACAAGAGGUCACCAAUGACGUGGAGAUGAUCAUCUGCCGGUGUCAACAGCUGGCCAAGCUCGAAGGAGAGAAGAUCGUGGACAAAACGACCACCGUGUACCAACUCCAGCGGAAGGUUAAAAGUCUACGGGAGGCGGUUGACCGGAAGGACCUCCACGUGGACAUGCUGCGUCGGAAACUCGCCCUUACAGAGGACGCUGCAAGGGCCUCGAGACACCUGGAGGAGGAGAGAGAUGAACUGAUUGCUAAGUGGGGUCGCUCAGCACAACAACAGAAGAAAGUAGAAGAAUUAACGGCAAAAAUUAACGAACUGGAUGCAAUACGAUCACGCCAACAGAAGAAAAUAACGCAAAUGAAGGAACAGAUCAAGGCCCACGGAGAACACAUGCUUGAAGAACGCCGGGUGAACGAGAACAGCCUGGAGGGGAUAACGCAGGAACUCGCAGUGACCAAGCAAGCAGUGAGGGACUUGACGCGCAGGGAAAAGCAGCUUCAGGAAUUCCGUCGGGCUGUGGUGAGUUUGCUCGGCUUGGACGGAGACCCAGGAGCCGAGGGAGAUUACGAGGCCAUCUGUCGGCUGGAACGCGUCGUGGGCGCCCAUCGGGAGCUCAAUGACUUGUCCAGGAGGAUAGACGAGAUGACGGCGCCCUCGAGACCCAACAGGUGA